UGUUACUCCAAUGAAUGUAGUAAAAUGUCUGUUUGACUUGGACUUACUCGCACGCAACGCUCUCUCAUUUCAUUUCACCAAUAAUACAUUUCUUUUUUUUCCCCUUAUUAUAGUACUAAUAUUAUUCCCACUCUCACUCCCAAUAAUUCUUCCUCUUCACUCAAACCCGCUACACCACCGCCACAAACUCCGGCGAUGGCAGUGCUCCGCCGCCGCCGCCGCCGCCGCCAGCUAGCCCUCUACUUCGCCACCCUUGCUCUUUUCGCCCUUCUCUCCUCCGCCUCAGCUCUCGGCUUCACCCCUCCUCGUCAAUUAACGGAGGUGGAGCGGCGGAGGCUGGGGGGGCCGGGGUCGUGGCCGCCGUCGUGCAGAUCGAAAUGCGGGAGGUGCACGCCGUGCAAGGCGGUGCACGUGCCGAUUCAGCCGGGGAUGAGUAUGCCGUUGGAGUACUAUCCAGAGGCAUGGAGAUGCAAGUGUGGAAAUAAGCUCUUCAUGCCUUAGUACUAUUUUUCUUUUCUUUUUUUACUACUAAAACUUGAUGUGUAUAUAAAAAAAAAUAGAAGAGAUGUUGAAUGACUGAUUGAAUAUGAUGUUGGAAUUUGGUCUGUCUAA